AUGAACGAACCGCACAAUUCUCCAGAAAAUGGAAAUUUAUCAAAUAAUGACGCUCAUGCAGCCCAAUUUUGGGAAGAUUCAAUGCACACGGCCAACUCUUCUUCAAUACAAUCAGACGAUGCUUCAGAAGUUACUUCUGCAAUAUCUAAAAACCAAAAUAAUCAUGUUUACUUUAAUAAUCAACCAACAGAAGAAGAGGAGGAAGAAUUCGAAACACAAAGUUACGCGGCAGACGUCGGAAUUCAAUCACCACGUCGAAAUCACGAUGAUUUGAUAGGAGAUUCAACUUAUUUCACUGCAGACAACAUUAUUACUAAUGCAGAGGAGCUAUUCAGAGAAAUGGACCGAAUUUCGCAACUUGAUCCUAAAGAUCUUCCACAGGACGAAGAAGAAGAAAUUCAACAAAAUAUCUCCACGAACACCGACCAAUCAGACAUCAGCCAUAAUGUUCAUGUUAUGCCUCCUAUGAAUCCAAGUCAUUCGACACCAGGGAACUCAGAAAAUUCAGGAAAUCAAGAUAAUAUUCCGAUUCGCGUUUUCUCUGAAGAAGAGCAACCAAAGACUGAAUCUGAUCUUUAUGAGUUUAUUUUAGAUAGAAUGUCGAAUUUAGUCAACGUUUCGAAGACACUUUUCCCAGAUAUCGAUGACGAAUAUCUUCUGAUCAAAAACCUCGCAGCAAAAGGAUCUAGAGCAUUCGAGAUGUCCAUUUUGGAUGAAAAAAUUAAACAAUAUAAAUUAUCGAAUGCAACAUUUAAGGAAGAGCUCUCAAAUCAACCGAAACUUAACAUGGAAUCUGUUAAGCUUAAGAGAGAAAUCCAAAAUGCCAAGAAAAUCAUAGAAAGACUGAAAAAAGCUCCACCUCCACAAAUUCCAACGACAAACUCCAUGACUAUACCAAACCAUCCAGAGAUUGGGCAUCCGAUAUCUAUGCAAGCUCAUAUUAUGAAAGAAAAACGCUCUGUUGAGGAAUUACAAAAACAAGUUACAGAUCUCCAAGAAAAUUUGGAUAAACUCAACAAGAGAAUUGCAUUAAUGUCUCAAACCAAGUCUUCCUACGUAUAUGAUCCUUCUCUGCUCAGUCCAACAAAACCUCCACCAAAAUUAAAACUUCCUCGCAAGAAAGUCAAAGUAAAGAAGGCAAAAACAAUCGAUGCAGCUGAUAAUGCAUCUGAGACACAAUCAAAGAAGAGAAAGAAGAAAAAAUCAAAGCGUUCGAAGACAGUUGAUCCAACAAUUCAACAUGAAUCUAAUACCGAAGCUUCUGAUGCAAUCAAGAGCGAAGCAAGCUCAAUGAAAUCACACAAAAAGAGAAAGGUUGUUAAGAAGGUUCAAAAAACAAAAUAA